GCUAUGAGCUGACCCUCUUUUAUCCUUCUUCUCUGCUUAUGCUAUGUGUAAGCAGAUCAUCAGCAGCAGCAGUAGAUAAGUGUUAGGUGGGAGAGGAGCUAGAGUUGAAGCCAGGAUGAGGUAUGGUCUUCAACUAUUCUGUGCUUGGACUACUACUCGGGAUUUUGGCCAGUGAUCCACACCUUUUUGUAAAAAAUGUUUUGAGAACGUUUUUCAUGUGCAUACUAGCUUCUGAUGUAGUGUGAGAUAUCCACAGGUGUGGAAAGUUAGUGAUAUGUGUAUAUGUUGUGUAACUGUGUAAGUUGUGACGAUUAUGGUAUGUAUAAGUAUGGUAUGCAGUUAGGAAGUAUGAAAAGUGUGACUAUGGCUAAGAAAAGCCAAUGCAUAUGGUUGUGAGUAUAUAUGUUUGUGAUGAAUUAUUUUGCAGGUUAAGUUGCAAGAACUGUUAGCCCAUUACGCGAGUAAUUCAUGUCGAAAUUUUAUUUAGGUAAAUUUUGAUAAUUAAUGUAACACCCGAGAUUAAUUCCCAUGCAAUUGUAUGAAAAAUAUGAUUAGAAAAAACGUAUAGGGUAGGGUGUUACAUUAAUUGUACGCCUUUUGUGGCAUGCUGCAUUUUAUCGAUUUGCUUUGACAAUAUUCGUUUCUGUGUUUACAUCAGGGCACCUCUUUUUUGUUAUCCGGACGUGUAACGAAUUUGACGACGUCCUGGUCCCCUGCAUCCAGAAUCCAUUUCGUCCACCUCACAAUUGAGGACGAAUUCAUUGGUGUUGACAUUGUCUUCCCGUCAUCACAGUUACGAACGAUUGUUGAAUCUGUAUUCAGUCAUGCAGAUGUUGUCAAUGCUGACUAUAUGGCCCUUCUGAACAUGCUUGGAGAACAGACAUUUGAAGUCAUGGUCACAGUCGGUCCCUGGAACGAUGCAUUUGGUUAUUGUGAACUUGUGUUGGUGAAAUUAUUUUUGCCUUUGUUGAAUUGAGUACCAUGUCAUGAACAAUGAGACAAUGUAUUGAGUUUUCUUAUUUUGGACUUGCAUGUUAUUUGUCGUAAUACUCAACUAGAUUAGAUUUGUGAUUAGUAAAAUUUCAUGUAAGUAUUUUUAUUGUGAUUAGCUAAUCUUCAAAUGUAUUUCUAACUUAUUAUGAAUGUUCAUUCAUAUUACAUGUUCGUCUUUAACGAAUUGCAAAAUUGCAACAAUCUUAUGAUAAUAUAAAACAAGACUCAUUUCUCGACACUAUCAUUAUAGAUAUUGUAACUCCAUUUCCUUAAACAAAUGCGGCCAACGGGCCGGGCUAUAGGCUAGUUAUUUGAUAGAGACGGAAAUUCUUGGCGGGCAGGGGGAUUGCUUUGGAAAAUAAAAAAAGAAAAGGCAGCAGGGCUAGCGGAACAAGGAGGAGCGGACAACGGAAUCUCUUUUUGGGAAAAAGGCAGCGGGAAAGCGCUGUGGAAACUUGGGACGCGCGGCGAUUGGGAAAUUGGCGAUCGUCCUCUCCAAGGCGGCUUGAGCUGAGUUCAACGAGAGCGAUUAUUUGGUUGGAUUUUCUGAACCAAAUUAGUUGUUUAUUGUUGAUUUAGAAUAUGGUGAUCAAAACUUUAUCGAUUUAUCUCAAUUUCAUCAUGAACUAAACCCCAAUUUCUGGGGGGAACACCAUAGGAUGUAGCUAUUUCUUGACUUGAUGGAUUAAUUCGUAUUUCUUUUCUUCCAAUUUCUAUCGCAUGGAAUUACUUAAUGCUUUGUGUUGACUGGCCACCAAUACAUUGAUUUGUAGUUAAUUAGGUUAUUAGCGACAGUGAAACCCUGUUGACUGAACAUAUUUCAUGUGACAUAGUAACUUAUCGAAGCGAUAGUGGAUUAAAUAAGGUGCUAUGCGGUCUUAAAUAGGAUAUCAAUCUUCAGGCUAAAUAAUUAAGUCAUUGAGCUACGAUAGUAGGAUUCGAUUUAAUUGUUUAGUACGUAGUAAUUCCCGACAGGGAUAGCUAGCACAUUCGUGAUAUCCUGGUUGUAGAGAAUUGGAUUAAACUGAUUGGAAUAUGUGAAUUAAUUUUUAUAUGAUAGAUAGUGAGUCCCGGUGUUUCUCCCUGAGCUUUCUCCCAUUGAUUUCUCCCGACAAAUUUACUUUGCUUAAUUAGUUUAUUUUGCUUUUAGAUAAUUAGUCUCAUUAAACCAUUUUCACCUAUAGUUUGCUCUAUAAAUUGAUAGAAUAAAAAGUUGUAUCAGUCCCUGAGAGACGAUACCCGGACUUUCCGGUUUUACUACGAGAUAGGAUUGAGGCAUUACGCUUUUGCCCUAUCAAGUUUUUGGCGCCGUUGCCGGGGACUGCCAUACCUUAUUUUUGUUCAUUUUUGUGAGUGAACUAUUUUGAUCUGUGUGCUAGUGUGUAGAAGAAUUUUCAGGUUUAUCCUCCUCAUGCAUGCCUGGGAGGACGACUGGCAAUUUACUGCCACUAGACCCGGAGAUCGAGAAGACCUGCCGACAGAAUAGGAAGCAGGUCAAGUUAGGGAAGCAGCCAACCACAACUCCUAGGCCUUCCCUAACCAAGAGAGGGCAGGCUUCAUCACCUGUCGUCCCUACACCACCGACACCACCACCUCGUGACGUUGAGCCAGUUAUCAUGGCAGAGGAGGAUCGAUCAAUCAAGGCUCGUUUGAAUCGAAGAACUGAAGUCCGAGCUUCAUGUGUUGUCAUUCCGGCUGGGGAUGCAACCAUGGAGAUUACCCCAGCAUUUAUCAACAUGAUUGCUAGUGGAUAUACUUUCUCCGGGGCUAGCAAUGAGGAUUCUCACGAACAUCUCCGCCGGUUCGCGAGUAUAUGUGACACAAUGAAGAGUCCCACAGUAUCUGAUGAUGCAAUCCGUCUUCGGAUGUUCUCAUUCUCCCUAAUAGGGAAUGCAUCACACUGGUUUCAGAACUUAACACCACGUUCCAUCACGACAUGGGCUCAGCUUGAGAAGGUCUUUCUGGAUAAGUACUUCCCACCUGCCUUGGCAAUGAAGAGGCAAGAAGAGAUUGUUAAUUUUAAGCAAGUUGAUGAUGAGAGUCUGACUGAGGCAUGGGAGCGCUACAAGGGGUUGUUGAUGAGAUGCCCAAGUCAUGGUCUUGAAGACUGGAACGUGAUCAUUAUUUUCUUCAAUGGAAUCAGAAGGGAGUUCCGGGAUGCUCUGAAUAAUGCUUCUCGAAAUGGUUUCACAAGCAUGGAGGCACCAGCAGCAUAUGAUCUGGUAGAGAAGAAUACCCACUGCAAACAUCAUGGCCCAUUACUAGUAGUAGUAAGACAGCAACAACCUUGAACCAAAGAUUACAAACAUCAUGGCCCGUUUACAGUAGCCAAAACAAUACCCACUGCACUAAACUACUACUACGACAAAACACAACUUAUGCAGCAAAAUUGAUUUGGGUAUAAGAUGAUUUAAAUCUAUCUAGGCUAGUUGAUAGUAAGAACAAUAGAUUAAAGAAAAGGGG